AUGUCUAUCAUUGAUAAGAUGGAAGACGAAUUUACAGAAUUUAAGUCUAGCACGACUGUAUUUGACGUCGAUUUAUUGGAAUUUCGUGAAAAUUCUCCAGGUAUUAAGCCACAAAAAAGAUUCCCAUUUUCAGAACAGCUUGAUGCGCCAGCCCCAGUUCCAGCUCAAUCUAAUGACGAAAACUUCCCUCAGCCACCUUCCAUAAAGAAAAAACAAUUCAUUUUUCCAAGCGAUUUCAAUUUAGAUAUCGCUCCAAUCUCUGGGGAAAGUAUUUUAGACCUACAUUUACCAAUUCAGCCAGUAGAAGUCGAAAAACUAAAUCCCUGGACUUUGCUUGAUGACUCAGAAGGAUUAAAAAAGCUAUCUGUUAGUUUAUUAUCACAAGGAAGGCUAGAUGAAGCAUUAAAAUGCAGAAAACACUCAGAAACUCUCAAAGAAAUUGAGCGCAUAAAAGAGAUAAAAUCCAUGGCCGCCGAAAGGGAAGAUUAUGACACAGCGAUACAGUACCGAAAUAUUUUAAUUCAGCUAGAAAAAGAAUUAUCAUCCCCAGAUGAAAUUGAAAAUUGAAUAAAAGACAAAAAAGAGCUAACUUUAAAAGAACUGGAAGAAAAAGUAACAGUAUCAUAUGGAAGCGAAGCAGGAAGAGAGUUCGCAGAGAAAUUUGUGUACCCAGAAGUGAAAACUUCUCUGGAUAUCGAAAAUAUCAAAGAAAUAUUUUUAAAAGCCCAGUUUUAUUGUGAAAUCAAAAAAAUUUUAUCAAAUCAGUCGGCUGCUUUCUUAAGCCAAUCUCAGCUUGUUCUUCAAAAAAUCUCUGAAGAGCUAAAAAGAGCUGUUAUAAUUUUAAACAAAUUGAAGCCAAGUAUCACAACUUUAGACAAAGACGAGGAUCUUAAAACUUAUUUAAAAGGUCUUUCCGAGGUGUAUCAGAUAUAUGAAAGACUGCAUUUCGCAGUAGAAAUUGUUGGCACACUCAAGUCUUUGGAAUUUUAUAGUAAAGAUAUACCAUUAUCAUGAAGUGAGUGCGGGAAUUUAUUUAACUACGAUAUUCCGAAACUAAGGCUUUCAAAAUUAUCUGAUAAAUUUUGUACGGUUUGUUUAUUCCCAAUUUCACAAAGUGUUAUGCUCAGUGGGUCAAACUAUCAUAGUGCGUGUGCUAAUUUUUGGGUAAAUAGAAUUUCAACUGAUCCUCCAAGAUUUAGGACUUUUCUUUAA